CCCUCCCGAUGCAGCAGCAGCAGCGACCAUGACAGCCAUCGCCGCUGCCUCUUUCUUCUCCAACGCUUGCAAAUUCGGUGGCUGCGGGCUUCACUUCGACUCCCUAGCGGAGCUCAUCGUGCACAUCGAAGACAGCCACAUCGACACGGACCCCCGUCAUCUGGAGAAGCAGGAGCAGCAGCAGCCCACCUAUGUGGCCCUCAGCUACAUCAACAGGUUCAUGACGGACGCUGCGCGGCGGGAACACGAGGCCGUGAAGAAGAAAGCGCAGCCCAAGCUGUCGCUGUCUCUGGCGGGGAGUUUGUUUCGCGGCAGCCUUCCCACUCCGCCGCGCCACACCAGCGGAAGCCUCACCCCUCCGGUCACCCCACCCAUCACCCCCUCCUCCUCCUUCCGAAGCAGCACACCGACAGGCAGCGAGUGCGACGAGGAGGACGUGGACUUGGACGAGUCGGACAGCGACGAGUCCUGGACCAUGGAGAGCGCCAUCAGCUCCGAGUCCAUCCUCAGCUCCAUGUGCAUGAACGGCGGCGACGAGAAGCCGUUCGCCUGCCCCGUGCCCGGAUGUAAGAAGAGAUACAAGAACGUGAACGGGAUCAAGUACCACGCCAAGAACGGACACAGAACCCAGGUCAGGGUGAGGAAGCCCUUCAAGUGCCGGUGCGGGAAGAGCUACAAAACGUCUCAGGGGCUGCGACACCACACCAUCAACUUCCACCCGCCCGUCUCCUCCGAGAUGAUCCGGAAGAUGCAGCAGUAGCCGACCUCCUCGGUCCUCCGCGGUCACCAGCAGCUUCUCCUCACGACACUAUCUUUUGAGUUUCGUGCACGUUGCGUCAUCAUUUCCGUUGAGUUUUGCACAUUGGUCACGACUAUAGUUGGUUUUUAGCUUGCAGUUUCACGGGAACUCACCAGUCACAUUUGUUUUUAAGAGAAUAAACUUCCAUCUGAACCCUGCGCACCCCAACGCAUGAAGGGUUGUGGGCCAAAUGGACCGAGGUCCAAGAACCAACUUAGUGUUUUAAUUGAAAGAGAUUUCUUCAUUUAAAAUAUGCUUAUUAUUAGAAAAUUUUCAAGAUUCUUUAUUAUUUUAAGAAGAUAAUGUCAGUGCUCUCUAUCUGUCUCGAUUGUCCUUGAUUUUUAAGGAGAAUUUAACAUCUUGUAUACACACCAGACAUGACUACAGCUGACCCUGGAAAAGAAUAUGGCAGACAGAAGACCACGUGAGACAGAAACACUCAAGUGUCGCUGCAUUGAUCAAGGCUCACUCCAAAUUUAAUUGUGAGAGAAAAAAGUCAACUGGUGUUGAGUAACCCUUCACUACGUGGAGCACAGAAGGUCUUUUAAUAGCAACCCCUCAAAUCUCAACUGCCUCAGUUGCGUAACACAGUUGGAAUUGAUCGAUCCGAGGGCAAACCAAAGCUGAGAGCUGAUCCGGUUCAGCUCCACUAAAUGUUCUCCAAGCAGUGUUUCUAGCAACUUCUGCACGGGACCAAAGCACUUUUCUAGUUCUAGUUGCCAACGAAAAAAGAGCAUUUUGGGGUGAGGCAGGAAGUCGCACCUCUCCAGUAUUGUGAGCUUCACCCACCCAGCAGGCAUUAACGGACAACCCCCCGAGUCCGACACGGAGCUUUACUCAAACCCUACUCCGUUAGUGCCACCGACGUCUCAUCGCAGACGGUGUCAACUGCCAGAAGGCGGAGCUUGAAGAGAUUACCGUGAAUGUAUCGUCGAGUGCACUAAAUUCUAUUUUCAUAAAUGUGUGUUUGUGAUGUGUUUCUGUCAACAUUUGGAAUAAAAGUGAACUGGAUUCGAACAGUUUUAUUUAUUGAGCCUCUGGAUACACAAGACUCGGAUAUAACUUAGUAAAAGACAUAAAAAGAGAUGAGUAAAAUGU